GAAUGAAUCAUAAAAGUAAGAGGUUACUACAAGGCAAAAGUGGAAUGUCAAGUGAUUUAAUAAAAUCAUCUGAUUGAAUCUUUGCUUUAUAAAAUUGUUCCUGAAAUGAGUGAAACAGAAGACGGAACAACGGUUCAAAGUGAACAAUCUAGUGUUUCUAAUAAUGAAGUUUCUUUGUCAAAUGGAACCGUGGAAAAUCAGACCCAAAAUGCAAAUGGUGAUCAGCCAAGGCAACAAACCCGAAUGGAAUUAUUCGCUUCUAGAAUAAAGUCAUUUCUUAUCAGAGGAAUGAUAGUUUAUUUUAUAGCUUCCAUGUUUCGAAAACCUACCACACCAACAGGAGUAGAAAAAUCCACAAUAUCUGCUUCAAAUAUUUAUCCAUUUGGAACUGCACUCACAUUACACAUUUAUUUAGAUGAAAAAGAUGUUUUUACAAAUUUUUCCUCAGAGAAAUUGUUAUGGUACAAGGAAGGUAUAGAGUAUGGGGACUGGAAUGGUGGACCCAGUGGAGAUGGUUCAUUUACCAUUGAAAAAAACAUUCCUAUUACAAAUCACUUGAAAAAUAAUGGAUCUUUGUACAUACAUGCCUAUGUAACUAAAAUGGGGGAAAACCCUAAUCCUAGGGCUGCUAAUUAUGCUAAAAAUAAUUUAUUAUAUAUGAAGAAGCAAUUAAAUAGAUAUAAAAAACUCAAAAAUCCUGGCACAAAAAAUUUAUUGACAGGAGAAAGUGGGGCAUCGGUAGCUGAUAGUGGAAAGAUUGUAUCUCAUUGGCAUCCUAAUUUCACAGUAAAUUUGAUCACUGAUCAAAGUGCAUGGACUUAUGGGGCAGUUCCAUCUCCUUUAGAUACGCUUAUUGAAUUCACUGAAGAUAAGAAAAACUAUAAGCCAGUAUUGUUUGCCAAUGACUUUUGGAAUAUGGCCAGAGACUAUGUACCUAUUAAUGAAACUCUGACUGUAAGAGUAAUUUAUCAACCAUUAAGUUUAUUCAAGUGGCAGAUGUAUGUAGCCCAAAGCAUGAGACAAUCAUGGAACCUUUGGGGUGAAACCGCAGAUGAAACAUCUGAUGAAGAACAAGACACCUUAAAGGAAACACUUAUGGACACAAAUCCUUACCUUUUAGGUAUUACCAUUGCAGUAUCAAUAUUACAUUCCAUUUUCGAACUGUUGGCAUUCAAGAAUGAUAUCCAAUUUUGGAAUAAGCGGGACUCUCUUGAAGGUCUUUCUGUUCGAUCUGUAUUUUUCAAUGUAUUUCAAUCACUAAUAGUACUCUUGUAUGUGAUGGAUAAUGAAACAAAUUCACUUGUUCGUAUAAGUUGUUUCGUAGGGCUUGGUAUAGAAUUAUGGAAAGUGUAUAAAGUUGUUGAUGUCAAAUUUGAGGAUGGCCGACUAAGCUUAAAAAAUAAAAGCUCUUAUGUAGAGAGUAGUACAAAAGAAUAUGAUGAUCUUGCUUUCAAGUAUCUGUCAUGGAUUUGUUUUCCUCUCUUGGUUGGCUAUAGCAUUUAUGCUCUUCUUUAUUUGGAGCACAAAGGAUGGUAUUCCUUCGUUUUGAAUUUAUUGUAUGGAUUCCUUUUAACUUUUGGAUUCAUAAUGAUGACCCCACAAUUAUUUAUUAAUUAUAAACUUAAGUCUGUCGCUCAUCUUCCAUGGAGAAUGUUAACAUAUAAGUUUUUGAAUACUUUUAUAGAUGAUAUGUUUGCAUUUGUUAUCAAGAUGCCAACUAUGUAUAGAUUAGGUUGUUUCCGAGAUGAUAUUAUUUUCUUGAUAUUUUUGUAUCAAAAAUGGAUUUAUCCAGUUGAUAAGAGGAGGAAAAAUGAAUUUGGCUUUUCUGCAGAACCAGAAAAUAACACCGAGAAUCUUGCAAUUGAAGAUAAUAAAGAGAAACAUGAUGAGUCAAAGGAUGAAACCAAAAAAACAAAAUAAAUUUACCUUAUAUUUUCCUCAUGAAUUUGUCUGUUGCUGUAGAAGUAUUAUAGUCGAAUUUUAUUCAAUAUUCCCCAAAGAAGACUCCAUAAUUGUUGUAGGAUACAUGUGAUUGUUAUUUAUGUGUAAUAAAAUAAUUGGAACCUCA